AUAAAAUUGAGAUAUGGCCACCCAGGAUCAUGAUCAAGAAACAAGUUUGAGACUCCGCAAAGACUGCCGUUAUAAACUCGAUACAAUCAAGAAUAAAAUCUGCCAGCUACAUACAGACCGACCAUAUCGACCAACACGAUGCCUAAAAUGCGGGCAUCCAACAUCGCCCAAUGUCACUGGAAUCCCAGGCCGAAGCCCCCUCCUUUUUCGGGGCAUGCACAGAGGAAGAAUGCUGGUUUCCGCUCGAUGAGGAGGACUCAGAGUAUCCAACCUACAACCCGGAGUCGGAUGAUCGACUGAACACGAUGGGACUCCAUUACUACUUGGAUAGCUACCUUGGCGGCGCAUGGCCAGCGGACGAAAACAAGCUUCCGAAUUUUGUACACAAAGAAAGGUCAGAUCCCCGUCUGAAGGGCCUAUACGAACUUCCCAGUGUCGACGGCCACUCGUGGCAGGCGUCUCUCACCUAUAUCGCGUGUUCCGACGAAGAAAGCAGAUCAUCGCCGCCUCACUUCAAAUGUGUCCUGAGAAGCGAGGUUGCGGGCGAUGAGCGGCUCCUUCGGGGUGAACUCAUCACCAUUAUCGACUCGAUGAUCAACCGGCUGAGCUUCAAGUCCACCUUGCCUCAUACAAUAGCUCCUGUGAUGGUAUAUUCCCUUAUGCAUACCCAGCAAGUUCGCAUCCUGGAGGCCUAUCUCAAUGGCGAAAAUCUUGUGGUCAGCUCGACCGGAGUGUACGACAUGAGGACCGAGGAUACGGAGAGCCUGAAAUUAUUCCUUCGAUGGUGGUUGGGUCCUCCCAUUGGUGACACAAAGUCAACCAAGGAAAUAUCGGUUUCCUGCUAGCAUUUCAUUUCUUGCGAUGAUGCAUUAUGUGGGCGUUGCUGGUGAUUAUAGUCGGACGACAAUAUGGAUUCUUCUUUUGACUUUUUCUUUUUCUUUUUCUUUUUCUUGUUUGCAGUGCAAGUGCGCGGUUUUUGGGAUUUCGACGGCUAGGCCCCUGAAACGGGACUAUUCCGUUUGCCAUUCGACAAGCAUCGGUCUUCUAGAUCAGAUCUCGCGCCUUGAGGGUGCGUUGCCACUCCUGGCCGUUCCUGGUAAUUGUAUACCAUAUCGGGCAAGCGCGGACAGAACUUGCAGAAACUCUUG